UGGAGCAAGACGUUCCACGCCGCGUUAAGCUGGAGGCUACUGCUUUUUCCGCAGCCACGGGACAUCAAAGCAGAUUGGAAGCAACAACAUAAAACCAUUUUGCUACUAUGGAGAGUUCAUACAGCAAUUGUGUUCCAUGCUACAUGGCGUCUACGCAACGAUAUCCAUUUUGAGGAAGCAGCAACAGAGCAACCAAGCACUCAAGGUUUGAUGAGCUCAUUUCACCGACAUUGUCAAUACAUGUUCCUGCAUUCUGAAGAGCUGAAACUGGACGGUGAUGCAAUAAACUCGGUGCUUCAGCGACUUGGGUUUGAUGCACCCAAACCAAUUAGUUUACCCCAACAGGGUUGUCGAAUUUAA